GCCAACACGUGUCCGCCACCGAUCAAUUGACAAUACUAUCGUAGCUUAAAAUCCCGUAUACUACUGUUGAAUAUUAAACUGGGAAAUAUCAAACGGCAUUUAUGUGUGGCUGGUAAAAUUUUGAGAAAAUAAUAUCUGGAAGGACCUGUGAAAAAAGGAGAGAUUUAUGUUACAUUGACUGUUAAAAACACGUGCCAAAGGAUUUUCUUUUCUGUGGUACAAAAAGUUGUUUAACUCAAUCUGUACAAGGAAGAGAUGAAACCGGUAAAGAUAGCAUCGACCUGUGGCCUUCUCGUGUGUUUCCUUAGCAUUGUCUCAGGACACGUUCUCAAUAUUACGGAGAAAAAUAUAAACUCGUUACUGGAUAAACAGAAGUUUUUACUUGUGUUAGUGACAAAAUCAAAAUGUACGCCAUGUAACCUAAUCUUCCCAAAGUUUUGGGCUGCCUCCCAAGCGUACGAUCAGGAUGUGAUAUUUGGGCGCAUGAAGAGUAAGGCACUGGCCAAAAAAUACGAUGUUCAGGUUUUCCCUACACUCGGAUACUUUGAGCCGGGGAAAAAGCAAUUUACAAAGUUUGAAGGCGAUAUUACCGUAGAUACCAUUGUGGAACUAAUAGCAAAUAAGUUAGGCUCAGAUUUUGCUUACGUCAUGAAGCAGUAUUCGACACGACUGGACUCGUACAACUUUCACGGGAUUGUCUCUUCCUGGGGUUUGAAGGCCAUGGUUCUACUAUAUAACAGUAACGACGCAAACUAUGAGAAGUUCCAGGAAUUUGCGCGAAUCUUUAAGAAUGACGAGGAGGUGACGUUUCUCCACCUAGACGCGCGAGCAGAACCUGAGCUCCGAAAAGAGUUUGUGACGUUGGCCUUCCCAACGUUGUACUGGAUUGAAAAUGAUGAAAAUCCAACUAAGAAGCGAUACGGGGGCACGAUGAAUACACUUGAGUUCAUGGGGUUCAUAGAGGAUCGCGCAGGCGUGUUCCGGGCCAAAGAUGGCUCACUUCCGUCAAAGGCAGGACGUAUUGCUGACUUCGACACCCUCAUCGAGGACAACAUAGAAACUAUAAGGAACGCGAAACGAAUGAGUGAACUGCUAAUUGAAGCAAAAGAUAUCGCCAAGAACUAUGAGAAAAACGAAUUUGCUGAUUAUUACAUUUACCUGUUGGAGUUAGUAGAUCACCACGGGAGAUUGGACCCGAUACAGGAUGAAAGGAUGACUGUUCUAAAGGGACUCGCUACAGCCGACGAGGUAACCUCGCCAAAGACGGUGGAGUACCUAACCAAAAGGAAGAACAUUCUGUCUCAGCUGGUGGACGAGCUUGGUAAGGCGACAUUCCAGAAAAACAAAUAUCAGUCCGAAUUUGUCAAUGUCGAGGACCUCAAACCCAAAAAGGACUACGUGAGAAAGAUGGCGCCAGUUAUCGGCAUCGAUGACGAGGAUGACGAGGAUAAAGAUGUUGUAGUGGAGAAACCAAAGAUUCAUCGUCACGAGGAGUUGUGAUGUCACGAAGAGUUGUGACGUCAUAUUGAUGUGGACUAGUAGAUCUAUAUCAUUUUCAAAUUGCAUUAAUUGAGUGCAUUGUAGAAUUGAAUGUAGAGCGUAAAUGAAGUGAAAGAGGAAGCUUUCUCUCGCCUAUCACAAGAUUUGAGAAAGACAGUUUAGAAUAUCACCCCUUGAGGUGGGAAUUCUCUGUCAAACCAUCACGGCAAGGGAAGAUUCGAUUUUUCAAGAAACUCUUAAACUGUCUACUUAAACAUUAAAAUGAUCAUUGUACGACUUUAAUAUCAAACAUUCCAUAAUAAAUCAUUUGAAAUCACUAACUUUUUCUCUGGUAAAUUCUUUUCUCUCGUUCACGUGUGUUCAAGAUUAGAUUAUCCGGGUUAAGAAGGAAAGCAGGCUCUUGGAGCAAUCGGGAACCGUCAGCACUUUCCGUUUACGGAAAGUACCGACGGUUCCCGAUUGGCUCUUGUCGGUGAAAGAAGAAUCUAUCUUUAUAGCAUUUCCGGCGGCGUAGUCGCAAGUGUGAUGCCACAAAGGCAACAUUACAUGACGUGAUGAUUUGUAAUGAAACGACGCCAUGACAAACAGGGAAGCUGGGAAGAUUUUUACUAUAUCUUGGUAUGUUAAAGUUUUCUUGAUUUAUAAAGGUUUGAAUAUGAAAGAAAAAUACUACUGAAUGGUAUAGUAAGAUUUACCAGUGAUGUAAUAAAUAUGGUGCAGGGGUUGGAACCCCUGUUACAUUUUAAUGA